AUGUGUGAUUCGCUUAAUUUAUCGCUAAAGUUUAACUCAAAGCUGGAACCAGCCUUUACUGCACCUCAAUCCCUUUCUGUGUGGCCAAAGGAAAAUGAACGGAGUGCGUGGCCUUUGUUGCCCGGUGUGCCAGCUGUUUGCCGCUUGCAGAACGGACGCUGCUUUCUUUGGCGAGUAUUUUCCCACUUGGACCGUAAUUCAGUGCACAGAGAAGCAUACUACGGUAACCAGACGGUGGAACUAAUAGCAGAUGGUGCUGAACGAACCAUUUCAAAUGAUGGCAAUACUUUAGUAGAGAUAAGUCCGAUCCAAGUUCCGGUGGAUGAUUUCCAGGAAGUGAUUAUCGACGUUUGGUUGGAUUGUUCCUGUUUAAAGGUGGACUUACUGUUGACGAAAGAUUGUCUGAUCGAUACGCUACGUACGUUCCUUGCGGGGACAUUCUUCUGUAAAGGUUCUCGGCUCGAUUUCAGGUGUCUCCGCGAGAGAAGCAUGGGAAUCUGUGCGGCGUACGUAAAUGAAACGCGUGGUGUAUCUUUGUACGGUGAAAUCGAAAGGUCCACUAUAAUAACCAUCAAUCAACUGAAUUUUCAUCCUGAUACCCUUGUACCCAAGCAGCUGGGAGGAAUCGACAGUGCACGAGAACAGUUGGAAGUAGCGCUAACAGAAGGUCGCUCCCUACUAGUACAUGGUCCGAGUGGAACUGGGAAGUACAGUCUGGUGAAAACUGUUGCAAUGGAGAAAAAUCUUCCACUGUUUGAAAUACGUGGAUUGCAUUUUCUUCGUUCCCUACCAGGAGAAACGGAAGCAGAACUGCGCAAAACCUUUGUUCGAUUGCACCGUUUCGAGGAGCUGAUCGGUGAAGCGAUACCCGUUAUUUUGCUGGUGAAAGACAUUGAUACCAUUUGCCCUAAGGUUGGCUCGAGAAAGGGUGAGGAGUUCAUUAACGUUGCACGGAUUACGUCCCAGUUUGUAUCGCUUGUGGAUCAGUGCAAAGGAUCGUCCGAGAGUGUUAUCAUCAUCGGCACAACCUCGAGCAUAGAAAGCAUGGAUACGCGCCUGCGAAGACCCGGCCGGUUAGAUAAAGAAAUUACCCUGGGAUUUCCCUCGCAAGAUCAGCGGAUCGAUAUUUUACGGAGUUUCAACACGGCUACCCAUCGUCCGCUUCCUGAAGGACAGUUGGAAAGGAUUGGACAACGAACGGCAGGUUACGUAGGAGCUGAACUGCAGCUUCUUUACUAUAAUCUCGUUCGAGAGAUCGACAAAAAGUGUCUUCCAUUCGACGAUGCCCUAAUCGCGGUACAGAAGAAACAUCGCCCUAGUAGUCUUCGUAACGCAACAGGACUGGUGGGAGGUGAUGAUGUCUCACUAACUCUCGAUUCCUUCGGAGGAAUGGAUGAUCUCAAAGCACUCCUUAGACUGUGCAUAGUGGAGCAGCUUGCAAAUCCCGACCGGUUUCAGCGUCUCGGCAUACACCCACUGCGAGGCAUUCUUCUGUACGGACCUCCCGGUUGUGCGAAAACUACACUAGCCAAAUGCCUAGCCGCCGAAACAGGCAUGACCUUCCUGUCCCUAUCAGCCGCGGAAGUUUACUCACCGUAUGUUGGUGAUGCGGAAAAGCUCAUCACACGCGUAUUCAGCGAGGCACGCAUAAAUGCGCCAGCAGUGGUAUUUUUGGACGAAAUCGAUUCGCUCGUGGGCAAUCGCGGUACGACAGGGAUGAAGGGUGGCUCGGGAGCUGUAAAUAUGGGUGUCCUUUCGACACUGCUAAUGGAAAUGGAUGGCAUUGGGCAAGCGGAGCAAUUGGGGAGUUCGUUGAGCGAGGAUGCAAAGCGCGUGAUUGUGAUAGCGGCCACCAACCGACCGGACAUGGUCGACGAUGCUUUAUUGCGUCCCGGGAGACUAACCAAAUUGAUUCACAUACCAGCUCCGGAAGAAAAGGCACGGAUAGCUAUACUGCGAAAGUUAGCCCACCGCGUACCGUUUGCUGAGGACGUUAGUCUCGAACUAAUUGCGCAACAGACGGACCGAUUCUCUGGUGCCGAUCUUCAAAAUCUUUGCACACAGGCCGCUCUCAACGCAGCAACGGAAAAUUUGAAUGCUACGUUUGUUACAAUGUCACAUGUUUUGUGUGCACUACAAGAUGUGCGACCAUCGUUGACGAAGCAACAGAUCGAAUGGUAUCACAAUUAUGCAGCACACCGACAACGAUAACCUGUAUACUGUAGAAUAUACGAGUUGAACAGGCUUUACGAGAUGUUUUGAACCGUGCAUGACUGGAUCGUGAUACAAAAUGUAAAUAAUAUGUGCACACGAACGACAAUAAACAGUAAACAAAUUGGUAAACAAUAAAUCAUUUUUGUGCCUGCAAACCGAAUAGUGAUGAGCAAUAGUAAUGCUGA